AUGGAGAACCUCCCCGUGGCAAACGUUUCCCUGGGCUCCAGGUCCUCACCUCAGCCAGUCACAGCCACGGCCCAAGCCCCGGAGGUCCUGCGGGGUGUCGGCCUACCCCUGCAGGUUUUCUUCAGCAUGGCCAUGGCUGCUAUCUUACUCGUGGCCCUGGCAGGAAACGUGGUUGUGUGCCUGAUGGUGUACCAGAGGUCUGCCAUGCGCUCGGCCAUCAACAUUCUCCUAGCAAGCCUGGCAUUUUCAGAUAUGAUGCUGGCCAUCCUGAACAUGCCUUUUGCUCUAGUUACAGUCAUUAGCACUAGCUGGAUCUUUGGAGAUGCUUUCUGUCGAGUUUCAGCCAUGCUCUUUUGGUUUUUCGUGAUGGAAGGAGUAGCUGUGCUGCUUAUAAUAAGCAUAGAUCGUUUUCUUAUUAUUGUCCAAAAACAAGAUAAGCUCAGCCCACAAAGAGCGAAACUGCUCAUUGUGGUCACCUGGGGACUCUCCUUCAUUUUCUCCUUCCCUCUGGCUGUUGGCUCUCCUCCUCUGCAGCUCCCUCCCAGGGCUCCUCAGUGUGUCUUUGGCUACAGCAUCAACCCUGGGUACCAUGCCUACGUGCUCAUUCUCAUUCUGGUGUUCUUCUUCAUACCUUUCAUGGUGAUGCUGUAUACGUUCAUGGGGAUCCUGAACACCAUCCGUCAUAACGCCAUCCGGAUCCACAGCCACCCAGACGGCAUGUGUCUGAGCCAGGCCAGCAAACUGGGUCUGCUGAGCCUCCAGAGGCCCUUCCAGAUGAACAUAGACAUGAGCUUCAAGACCCGUGCCUUCACCACCAUCCUCAUCCUCUUCUCUGUUUUUACUGUUUGUUGGGCACCAUUUACUGCCUACAGCCUGGUGGCUACUUUCAGUGCCAGUUUCUACCAGAAAGACAGCUUUUUUCAGAUCAGCACGUGGGUCCUGUGGUUGUGCUACCUCAAAUCAGCCCUCAACCCUCUCAUUUACUACUGGAGAAUUAAGAAGUUUCGUGACGCAUGCCUCGAUCUGAUGCCCAAAUACUUCAAGUUUCUUCCUCAGCUGCCAGGCAACACAAAGAGGCGCAUACAGCCCAGCGCCGUGUAUGUAUGUGGAGAGCAUCGCUCUGUGGUUUAA